ACGCCGUAAUAAAACCAAAACCCUAAAUUUUUUAGCUUUUGUAAUAACGCUCACAUUCAUCCAUCUUCUCCCACCAACAGAACAAAGAGGGUCUUGUAUCUACAUCGAUGGAAUCAUCUUCUAAUCACAUGGUAAGUCUCUUGAAGAUUGAGUCUCCUACGUCCGGAUGGGUGAAACCCUUGAAAGAUUUGCUCAAAACCAUUGAUGAUGUUAGUUUCAAGAUAGACAAACGAAGUAGAACGGUAUACAUAUAUGGGAAAACCAAUCCAGAAAUAAUACUUGAAAAGAUUGCAAAAGCAGGCCAAAAAGCUGAAAUCGUAUGGAGCAAUCACCAACGCGAGAAACCUCUACACAAUCAAAGAGGACAUCCGAUGCAACAAUACAAUUGUCCUCCUCCUCCACCAAACUGGAUAUACUACCAACAACCUCUACCGUAUCAAGCUUAUGCUUUUCCACCUCCGUAUUCACUUCAGCCUAAUCCCCCGGCGGCACUACCAGUACCAGGUGGUUUCCAGCAGAAGAAGGAAGAGAAGCCUGCAGCUAAGAGUUUCCCGCCUACGCCACCUCCGCCUAAGAACUUUACUAUGGGUGAUUUACAUCCAGGGUGUGGGAUCAUGUGAGAACCGUAAUGUUUU